UUUGGGGAACAAACAAAAUAACAAGGGAAUUUAAUCAAACCAACAAAAACAAAAAAGAAAAAAAAAAUACAUACAGUAGUGAGGCACCGUAGACAACCGCAACCCGAGGUGAAAGAGAGACAAACAACGCUGUCCCACGUUGUUUGCUUUGCAGCUUUCUUUCUCUCUAGAAUUCGAAAAACAAACGCUGUCUCCGACUUUUACUAUAAUUCUCUGCCUCCGUCGCCGGAAAACCGAUUGUCUUCCCGGAAAAGAGCCCUUUCCUUUGUCUCUAUCCAAUCGAUUCGGAAUGAGUACCGGCGAGCUUCUCAGUAUUGAACCCCAAGAGCUUCAAUUCCCCUUUGAAUUGCGGAAGCAGAUCUCAUGCUCUCUGCAACUCUCGAAUAAAACUGAUGACUACGUCGCUUUUAAGGUAAAAACAACAAAUCCAAAGAAGUAUUGUGUUAGACCCAACACUGGAAUUGUGCAGCCAAGGACUACAUGUGAUGUUAUAGUGACAAUGCAAGCGCAAAAGGAGGCACCUCCAGAUAUGCAGUGUAAGGACAAGUUCCUUCUUCAGAGCGUAGUCACAAACCCGGGUACUACGGCAAAAGAUAUCACACCAGAGAUGUUUAGUAAGGAGUCAGGUCAUCCUGUUGAAGAGUGUAAAUUGAGGGUUCUCUAUGUUGCUCCACCUCGGCCGCCAUCCCCAGUUCGAGAAGGAUCAGAGGAAGGUUCAUCUCCCAGGGCUUCAAUAUCAGACAAUGGGAAUCUGAAUCCCUCUGAUUUUGGAGUGGUUUCAAGAGCUUCUGCUGAGCGGUAUGAGCCUCAAGAUAACUCGUCUGAGACGAAGGCACUUAUUUUAAAGCUGACUGAGGAGAAAAAUUCUGCUAUUCAGCAAAACAGGCAGCUUCAGCAAGAACUGGAGCUUUUAAGGCGCGGGGGCAGGAAGGGCCAUGGUGGUAUCCCAUUCAUAUAUGUUAUUGUGGUUGGCUUGAUUGGCAUAAUUUUGGGGUAUCUUUUGAAGAAGACAUGACCAGUGGAAAAGAUGCUUCUAAAUUACUUGUCAAUGGUGUCCCUUUCCUGGGGAAAUUAAAUGUAGAAACCAGAAGAAAACGAAUUGUGUGAUUGAUUCGUAGAUAAGUCUUGUUUUUUUUCUUAUCGUACUAGCUUCCUGUAUUAACACUAGAAUAACAUUUUUAAUGUGUGAAUGAGAGAAAACUUCUGCUUAUUGUAUUA